ACAUCAGCCUUGUUCAUCGACGACAAUCGUUGAAACUUGUGGAUGUACGUAAGUCGCCACUCGCUUGUGAUUGUGUCGGUGUCGUUCGCUCGUUGUACACAAAUCUGUAAGUCGCCACUGCCUAAGGGUCACUAUUAUAGCCCUGUGAAGUGUGUGCUUCGAGUACUCACGUCGGACCGGACUGGUAACUUCGGGUUUUUUUGUUUUACAAGACAUCAAACUACAACACUCCGCAAUGUCACUAUUUAGCGUGUUGCCAGCACCUACACAAUUCCUUCAGGACUUGGAAGAAGAUGACGAAACCAACGAAACACUUGCUGAGAAAACCAAUACCUUUGAAGUAUACGCUGUUAAAAUCCCUCCAUACGGGAACAGAACUGGAUGGGUUCCGAGGACUGUUGAAGAUUUUGGAGAUGGUGGUGCUUUUCCAGAAAUCCAAGUUGCGCAAUAUCCAUUGAAUAUGGGAAAAGAAAAUAAAGAAUCUGUUUCAAAUGCUCUUGCACUGCAGUUAACUUCUGAUGGUAAAGUUAAAUAUGAUGUGAUUGCUCGCCAAGGUCAGAGAAAAGAUAAAGUGAUUUAUUCAAAACUAUCUGACAUGCUUCCAUCUGAGGUGGUCAAUGAAGAUGAUCCUUCCUUGCAAAAGCCUGAUUCAGAAGAAGUUGCAGACAUUACUGAAAAAACAAGAGCAGCACUGGAAAAGUUGACUAAUUCUAAAGUUUCAGCUGCAUUACCAGUACGAGCGGCCGAUAAACCUGCUCCGGUACAAUGGUUCCGGUACACUCCUACCGAACAAGGGCAAGAAUAUAAUUCCGGUUCGAAACAACGUGUUGUAAGAUUGGUGGAGGCUCAAAAAGAUCCAAUGGAACCACCUAAAUUUAAAAUAAACAAAAAAAUUCCCAGAGGUCCUCCAUCGCCCCCUGCACCAUUAAUGCAUUCACCAACCAGGAAGACAUCUGUCAAGGAACAGAAAGAAUGGAAAAUUCCACCGUGUAUAUCCAAUUGGAAGAAUGCUAAAGGUUACACGAUUCCAUUAGAUAAGAGAUUAGCUGCUGAUGGUCGGGGUUUACAACAAAACCAUAUAAAUGAAAAAUUUGCCAAGCUGGCCGAGGCUUUAUACAUAGCAGAUCGUAAAGCCAGAGAAGCUGUUGAAAUGAGAGCUCAGUUAGAAAAGAAAAUGGCACAAAAAGAAAAGGAAAAGAAAGAGGAACAUCUUAGAGCAAUGGCUCAAAAAGCCAGAGAAGAAAGAGCAGGUAUUCGGCUUCCUGGAUCCGCAAAGAAUGACGAAUCUCGCGAACGUGAUCAAUUACGUCUGGAACGUCAAAAAGACAGAGCUCGUGAUCGUAACCUUGCUAGAAAUGCUGACAGCCGUAAAAACAAAGUAUUGCGAGAUCGAGACAUCAGUGAACAAAUUGCUCUUGGUCUCCCAGCGAUCACUAGAAAAACUGGAGAUACUCAGUACGAUCAACGUUUGCUUAAUACAACAGCUGGUAUGGAUACCGGAUUUGGUGAUGAUGAAGAAUAUAAUGUGUAUGAUAAACCUUGGCGCGGAAACAGCAAUUUGGCUCAACAUAUUUAUCGUCCAUCUGCUAAUAUUGAUAAGGAAGUAUAUGGAGAUGAUUUAGAAACAAUUGCUAAGACAAAUAGAUUUGUGCCGAACAAAGAAUUUAGCGGAACAGAUCGUGAUCCUAAAGCUAGUGGUCGGUCUGGUCCAGUUCAGUUUGAAAAACAUCAACAAGAAGAGGAUCCAUUUGGUUUGGAUCAGUUCUUGACUCAAGCUAAGCAUGCAUCUAAGAGGUCUCAACCACAACAACAAGAUCGUGAUAAACGUCGUAGAAAAGAUUAAUUAAGUUCUUUCCAAUUUGGUUGAAAACGUUUUUCAUCCAUUGUUCUAGGAGUACCCAUGAUUUAAUAAACUAGGUAUGAUGGCAACGAACCAAUUUUUGUAUUAUAUUUCGCAAAGAUGGCAACGGUCUUUCGCCACUUUUCAUUGGUUUGGAUAAUAUUAUCAUAAUAAGAAAUUUAAAAACGGCGAAAGACCGUUUUUGUCAGUGUGAUGGUCGGCAGGUGAGGAGGAUGUGUAUCACGAUGUGUGCAUCAUACCUAUAUAUAUAGUUUAUUAUAUCAUGGGAGUACCUUUAGGUAUGGAGCAUACCAUGUUUUAAGGGGUAGUGUUUAGGCAUUUCAUAUUACAUGUACAAUGUACAUUUUGGUUGUGUCGAUGUGUGUAAUCCGUUAUCACACUUUUCACAACGAAAUUUGAAUUCACGGAUUUACGAUAAUAAUCAAAAUAAACCAUACAGGAUGAGAUUUCGUUGGAAAAAGAUAUAUUAUUAUUUGUCUAAUUAACUACUUUAAUUAAGAGGACGCUACACCCGGAUGUGUUGUCUCCGUCUUACAAAUAUACAACAUAGAAAAAACUGUUUUGCGCGGGAAAGAACCGAGAAAGCUACAGUCAUAACUAAGAAACGAGAUUUUUACCUCAUAAAAAGGAGAACUUUGGCUGUGAAACGUUGUUUUUAUAUUUUUGAUAUCACUUAUAUGAAAAAAGUUCUUACCAUUUCAAAAACCAUUAUUGUUAGUGUUUUUUCAAACUUGAAAAACUUUUUUCAUAUCAAUGAUAUAAAAAAAAUAAAAACAACGUUGCACAGCCAAAAUAUUCCUUAUUAUGUGGUGAAAAUCUCGUUUCUUAGUUAUAACUAUAUCCUUUUCGGUUCUUUCCCGCGCAAACCAGUUUCUAUGUUGUACAUUUAUAAGACAGAGACAACACAUGCGAGUGUAGCGUCCUCUUAAUAUUCAUUCAUAAUUUUAUAGUCGCAUCGUACCCGCAUUAUAAAACAUAUUAAUUAAAAAUUAAAAAUAAUUUACAUAAAAUAAAAAUAAUAUAAAACUAUCGAUAAGUAUAUUAAUUUGUAGUAUUUAUUUUUGAUCACAAACCAUGUGUCAUUUUUAAAAUUGAAUAAUAUUCUAUUUUACAUAAAUGUAAAUUGUACUACUAUAAUAAAUGAAAAAUCAACAAUUAUUAUUUACAAAUUUAUGAUGAAUAUUAAAAAUAAAUACAUUUUUUUUAUAUUA